AGAAUGCCAAUGGAUCCAAACAGCGUUAUAAUCGUAAAAGAGAAACUUCCUAUUCAAAAAAUGAGAACUUUUCCAGUCAGUCCCGUCGCUCCAAUUCACAGAAAAGCAAAGCUUUUAAUAAGAUGCCUCCUCAAAGGGGAGGUAGUGGUGGAAGUGGCAAACCUUUUAGCUCUUCUAAUGGUGGAAGACGAGAUGAGGUAGCAGAGGCUCAGCGGGCAGAGUUCAGCCCUGCCCAGUUCUCUGGUCCCAAGAAGAUUAAUCUGAACCACUUACUGAACUUCACUUUUGAACCCCGUGGCCAAGCAGGCCAUUUUGAUGGGAAUGGACAUGGCAACUGGGGGAAAAGGAACAAGUGGGGGCAUAAGCCUUUCAACAAGGAGCUCUUCCUACAGGCCAACUGCCAGUUUGUUGUCUCUGAAGAACAGGACUACACAGUCCACUUUGCUGAUCCAGAUACCUUGGUCAACUGGGACUUUGUGGAGCAAGUGCGAAUCUGUAGCCAUGAAGUGCCCUCUUGCCCCAUAUGUCUGUACCCACCAACUGCAGCAAAGAUCACCCGCUGUGGGCACAUCUUUUGUUGGGCAUGUAUUCUUCACUAUCUCUCCUUGAGUGAAAAGACCUGGAGUAAAUGUCCUAUUUGUUACAGCUCUGUUCACAAGAAGGAUCUCAAGAGUGUUGUUGCUAUGGAAACACGUCAAUAUGCAAUUGGUGAUACCAUUACCAUGCAACUUAUGAGAAGAGAGAAAGGUGUUCUGAUAGCACUGCCCAAAUCUCAGUGGAUGGAUGUGGUGCAGCCUGUUUACUUUGGAGAUGACCAUCACAGUCAGUAUUCAAAGCUGCUUCUGGCAUCCAGGGAGCAGGUCUUGCAACUGGUGAUUCUGGAGGAGAAAGCAGCAUUACUAAAACAAUAUGAGGAAGAAAAACACACCCCAGAGGCUUGCUUUAUUGAGGCAGCUAUCCAGGAACUGAAGGAGCGAGAAAUGUCACUCUCUGCUAACCAGGGUAAAAACAAUGGCAUUGCUGGAAUCAGUGCAGCUGUGGAAGAAUUGGUCCUAGAAAGCUCCAAGGCUGUGGAGCCUGCAGUUUCCCAGGAGAAAAAGUGUGGUGUGGAAUAUCUCUCUGCUUUUGAUGAGGAGCUUGUGGAGCCUUGCUCUCAUCCGGCAAGUUCCCUUUCACCCCCUGUGGAAGCAGAAGAGGCAGUGCCGGAUGAAGAGGAAGUACCUGAGGUGGAUAUAGUAGGGGAACCUGAUAUGAACACUAUAGAAGAAUCAAAUCCAGUUGAAACAAGCUGCCAAGAAUCUAAAGAUACAGUUACCAGUGGACACCUUAGCAACUCUCCUUUUUACUAUUUCUAUCAAGCGGAGGAUGGGCAGUGUAUGUAUCUUCACCCAGUGAAUGUUCGAUGUCUUGUUCGUGAAUACGGCAGCUUGGAGAAGAGUCCAGAGAAGAUAACUGCAGCUGUAGUGGAGAUAACUGGCUACUCAAUGACAGAGGAUAUAAGACAGCGUCAUCGCUACCUCUGUCACUUACCCCUCACCUGCGAAUUCAGCAUUUGUGAACUGGCUCUGAAGCCACCCAUCAUCUCUAAGGAGACUUUAGAGUUGUUUUCAGAUGACCUUGAAAAGAGGAGACGUCUGCGGCAGAAGAAAGCUCGUGACGAACGGCGACGUGAACGCAGAAUUGAGAUGGAAGAAAACAAGAAACAGGGCAAAUAUCCAGAGGUCCAUAUUGCUUUAGAGAAUCUGCAGCAGUUCCCUGCUUUUACCUCUUGUCCCAGAGAAACUACCAGCAUUGAUCAUCGGAGCUUCUGUCUGUCUCCUCUUGGCAGAAGCCCUGUGUAUCAGACAGAGUCUGUUCCAACUCCACUGUCACCUGCUGCCAGCCAGGUCAGCCCAUUGCUCUGUGGGAGUUUGGAAGAGGAGUCUCCCUUCCCUUCCUUUGCCCAGAUGUUGAGAGUUGGAAAGGCAAAACCAGAAACAUGGCCCAAACCUGCUCCGAAGACAAGAGAUGAGAAUGCUCUAGCUCUCCCUGUGCCAGUGGAUAGUGAUGGAGAAAGCGACAGCUCUGACCGCAUACCUGUGCCCAGCUUCCAGAAUUCCUUCAGCCAAGCGAUUGAGGCAGCCCUCCUGAAACUGGACAAACCGUCCACAGCUGCUCAUUUGUCAGAGGAAAAGGGAGGCAAGAAAAGAAAGAAACAGAAGCAGAAGCUAUUGUUCAGCACCUCUGUUGUUCACACAAAGUAAUCCUGCUGUUCAAGAGAAGUUUCCUCUCCUGGUUUUCUUUUAAUUUUGCUUUGGUUUGCUGCUAUAGAUUAAGUAUUUAAAUUUGAACAGACUAAACUUGUGUUUCCAGGGCUUCUGGGGGGUUCAGGAGGAAACCAUGAACAGUAUAUGUUGAAGUAGGAUUUUAUUUUUUUGAUUCCAACUGCUUAAUCAGUUCAUACUGAAACAGAGUUUUGAAAGAAA